UGAGUUUAACGAACAAAUCAACACAGCAGAUACAAACUGUGAGAGGUGAGACUUUUUCGUGUGUAAGUCGUGUAUUUUCCACGUUUCUCUUUUUUUCUGUUGUGUCGAUAAAACAACUUUUAAAGCGAUGAAAAAUGAACUUUGUUAAGCUAUUUUUUUUUUUGUUUUUACAAUGCUGCUGUUAGCUUAUGCUAACGGACGAGCUGGACAUUUUUGUUCGUCCCUGUCUUCGUAAUGUUCAAUUGACUUUUAACGUGAUUGGAUGUUACACUGAAAAACUUAAGUGUUGUGUUCUGUGUAACGGAUAAUUGUUGUUUGAUGCCUGGAUGAAGAUAUAAGCAGUGACUCUAAACAUCCGCUAAUAUUUGCGCCAUGAAUCCGUCCAAUCCGUUCGGCAGUCCACAAGGUGGGGCUUUCCAAGCUCCAAGCAACACUAUGAAGACUGGUAUGUUUCAGCCAUUUGGACAGCAGAGUUCGGGCAACCAGCCCCAAAAUAUGGGGUUUUAUCAACCCUCCGCGUUUGGACAGCCCUCAGCUCAGGGAGGUACCAUCUUUGGGCAGACCCCUGCCUUUGGACAGUCAUCUGCUCAGCCCCCCUCGCUGCCUGCAGCAAGCCAGGCGCCAGCAUUUGGACAGCAAUCAUUAGCAAUGGGUACCACAGGCUUUGGUAGUACCACCGCAUCAGCUUUUGGACAGACUAGUGCACCGAGCCAGAGUUCAGUCUUUGGGCAGACGCCUGCAUUCGGGCAGCCUUCUGCAUUUGGGCAGGCUCCAGGAUUUAGCCAGCAGCCUCAGGGGUUUGGCAAACAGCCACCAGCGUAUGGUCAACAGCCCUCUGGGUUUGGAAACUCUCAGAUGUCCUCUGCCUCCACCGCUGCCUUAGGGCCGCCUCAGCCAUUGGGUUUUGGACAGUCUGUGUUUGGCCAGCCGACAUCUACCAGUACCACCACCAGUGUAUUUGGCACAGGUCAGAAUGUGACCCAGCAGAGCAGAGGCUUCGGAUCAACCAAGUUCAGUUUCAAGCCAGCCAACGAGGCACUGUUCAAACCCAUCUUCAGUGCUAGCCCUGAGCCAGCUAACCCUCAAACUACUUCAAUGUCCAGCUCACCUUUUGGGAGCAGCGGGUCCCAGACGAGUGCCAGCACCAUGAAUAGCGGCACCGCCACCACGACUGGAUUCUCUCGACAGCUGGGCUUCAGCUUCUCCCAGCCGGCUGCAGCCCCCUCUAUCUCUGCUCAAAACAACCCACUUACAACUGGCAGUAGCAGCAGACCCUCCAACACUCAGUUGCAGUUCACCUUUUCACAACCAGCCGCCCCUUCCAGCUCCAACGCUCAGGCAUCCACCACCCAGCCCACCACCCCAUCAUCUUUUAGCUUCUCAGCCAAAGGCACUCAGCCCCAGGCAACACCCCUGUUUGGAGGAACAAAUUUUGGUCAGCCUUCAGCUUUUGGAGAUGUCAAACCUAAAACUGAAAUUAGCACAGAUGAUAAAGGGAGCAACCUUGAGGGUCUGGGGGAGACAAAUGUAUUUGCACGAUUAGGUAAAGGCACUAAGCGCAAGGAUGACCCAGUUGUCCCCACCACUGGUCCAGAGAAGGCUGCCACAGAGGAGGAGGUUCCAGCAGAUGCAGAGUCACCAAGACAUCCCCCAAAGAGGCCCCUAAUGAGGUCCCGUGCCCCACUGGGAGGCUUAUUCGGUCGGGCACUGAGUGACCUUCGUCGAGAUGGCACUAACCCAGCGAGGCGUGAGGCCACGAGGGAGACUCAGCCGCAAGCAGCGACAUGGGAGGAGACAGAGAGGGAGGAGGUCCAAGCUAAGAGUGACGACCGACCUGCUACACCACCCACGGCGCAAACACUGACCAAGGACAUGCCGGAAAAAGCUGAAGAAUCAGAUACAGCAAAACCUCCGGAUCAGGACCUUGAAACCCCACCCCCUGCUAAACGUGGCGUACGCAGGGAGAGCUCGGAUAGUCUGAGCGGCAUGUCUCCCACCGACUUCACCUCCAUCAUGUGCAGGAAAGUUCCUCCUGACCUCAACAAGAAGGACGUGAUUGAGAAGCACUUUGCUCGUUUCGGCAGAGUCCAGAAGGUCAUCUGCCGGCCUCCCAAGAACAUGGCCAUAGUACACUUUGAAGACCAUACUUCAGCAGCCCGGGCGAAGAAGAAAGGCAAAAUCCUGCAGCGAAAUGAACUCCUUCUGUUGUGGCAGAGAAAGAAGCAGAGUCCAGGUGACAAAGCAAGUAGACCUGCAGCAAGAAGAGAGGAGGCAGAGGCUGAAAAUCAGGAGGACACCGAGUCUAAGGCCACUUCGUCCCCACUCAGAAGACCUGGACUGAGAGCUCCUGCUGUCAGCAGCAUGGCCACCUUCAGCCGCAGUUCUCCAGUGAAGAGGUCAUCAUUGGCCAAGUCUCUGCAGUUUGAUGCCGAACCUCAGAAGGAGAGCAGCUCAGAGGCCCAGAGCUCAGAGCGUCCAGUCCCCUCCUCCCUCCUCCACCUCAUUGGCCAGGUGGCUGAGACAGCUGAGGACAAGUACCGCCUUCUAGAGCAGCGAGACAAGGUCCUGCGUCAAGGUCGGCCCAAGAGGACGGACCUGGACCUGUCUAAGGUGUUUGUGGGGACGUGUCCUGACAUGUGUCCAGAGAAGGAGAGGUUCAUGAGGGAAACACGGAAACAGCUGAGCAUAUUUGAGGUCAUCCCAGAUACAGAGAUGGUUGAUCACGCAGCAGCCAUCAAGGAGUACAGUCGCUCAUCAGCUGACCAAGAGGAGCCCCUGCCCCACGACUUGCGCCCCCUGCCUGUGCUCAGCAUGACAAUGGACUAUCUUGUGACCCGGAUCAUGGACCAAGGUCAUGACAACUACCGGGACUGGUAUGACUUCGUCUGGAACAGAACCCGCGGAAUCCGCAAGGACAUCAUCCAGCAGCAUCUGAGCUGUCCAGACACGGUGACGCUGAUCGAGAAGUGCACACGCUUCCACGUGCACUGCGCUCACCACCUUUGUGAGGAGCGUACCUCAUCGUUCGACGCCAAGAUCAACAACGAGAACAUGACAAAGUGCCUACAGAGUCUCAAAGAAAUGUACCAGGACCUGGCCAUGGAGCAGACCUUCUGCCCCCGGGAGGCAGAGUUCCGCCAGUACAGCGUGCUGCUGAAACUCAAUGACGGAGACAUCCUGCGUGAGGUGCAGCAGUUCCGUGAGGAGGUUCGCAAUUCCCCUGAGGUGAAGUUCGCCGUGCAAGCGUUCACAGCGGUCAACAGCAACAACUUUGUGCGCUUCUUCAAGCUGGUGAAAGGAGCAUCUUACCUCGCCAGCUGCCUCCUGCACAGAUACUUCAAUCAGGUCAGAGCUAAGGCCCUGAAGACCUUGAACCUGGCUCACACUGUGGGUCCUCGAUCAACUGCGUUCCCACUGGAGGAUAUCGUUCGGAUGUUAAUGUUCCGCAACGCUGAAGAGGCAUCUGACUUCAUCCAGCAGUACGGCCUCAAUGUCAACGAUGAUGUGGUCGAGCUGAGUCGGAUCACCUACCAGGAGCCAGACCCGCCUCCGUCCCAGAAGAAGUCGGAGGUCAUCCUGGCAAAGAAGACGGUGCUGAUUGGAGAGGUGGUGAACGGCGGACCCCUCCCCACCCCCCCACAGCACACCCCAGUCUGCAGCUUCGACUCCCAGAACAAGUACCGAGGAGAAGGACCUCUGGCCGAGCCCGCUCCAGGCCAAUUUAGAGCUAUUGCUCCCAAGAUGGAGGCCAUGCCACCACCCAGCGUGAUGACGCAGGUCGUGCCAACAGUGCCAGAUGAGACCGGAGAGACCAUCGAAUCGUAUCACAGCCCAGCACGUCCAGCAGACACUCAGCAGUUGUUUCAGCCGAUUCCUCAACCUCAGCCUGUCAAACCUCCGUCACCUCCACCCAAACCUGUGUACAGCAGCGAGGACGUUAUGGCCGUGCUGGACUGUGUGAUUGAAGAGGUGGUUGAAGCAGAAGUGAGGGAGGUCGCCCACACUGGCGCCAGCUACGCCACAACAGCUCUUGCGGAGAGCAGUGUGCAGGCAGAGUCCCUGGUGACUGAGGUGGUGGGACAGAUGCUGCAGGAGAUGUCUUCCACUGAGAUCAAGCUGGAACAGGAGCGUGUCGCCGAAGAGAAACGCAAGCUUGAAGAAGCCAGGAGGAAGCAGGAGCACGAGGCCUUCCUGGUUCAGUACAGCUUCUCUCUCUGCAGCGAGAUCAUCCAUGAAGUUUUAGACGAGAGUGUGAAGGAGAUGGCCGCCUCUGAGAUCCAGCUGGCAGUGAACGAGAAAGCAGACUGCGUGGCUAAAUGCACAGAGCAGGUUUGUACCAGUCUAGUCGAGGAGACGCUGAACGCAGACAUCGCUCUGUUGGUUGAAGACAUCCUUGAAGAUGAGCUGCAACGCAUCCACAAGUACAUCAACAGGUGGCGUAAUGUGGUGGCAGUCCGUCGGCAGCUGAAGAGACAGAUGAGAGGUUUCCCUGCAGCUCCUUGCUGUGUGGACCCUCGAUUCAAACUGAAGGCUCUGGCUCCCAGCGCCCCAGCACAGCCCUCCAUGGCAGAUCUGGCACGUGGUCUGGUCAACCUGGGGAACGCCGGCACCUUGGCCCUCUCCAGCACCCGGUUGUUGAAAGUGAGACGAGAAGUGAUCCACCAGAUGAGAGUCCACUACUUCUACCAGCGGCUGCUCGAUGAGACAGUGUGGGCGCCACUCGACCUGCCGGCACUGGUGACGGAAAACAUCUCCAACGCACCUGACAGAAUCUUCUGGAAAGCUGUUCUCCUCUUACCGAGCGACGACGACAGUGUGUCCAGCCUGGCAGACAGGAUCCUGUCUGACUGGCUGGAGGUGAAGCUGGGUGGUGGUAAGGGCUCAGAGGAGAGUGAAGGGCAGCUUGAUGGGACACUGCAGACGCUCUGUGUCACCAACACACUCCAGGAAAAAGAACAACAGGUUCACAAAGUCCACAUCAGUGUCAAGGUGUCCCGUGGCCCUCUGACUGAAGAUGGUCUGUCCAAGAUGGAGGAGCUCUGUGAGCUCCAUGGGACCGGAGCUCUGAUCACGCUGCUCCCCGCCGCUCCCAUCGCCGAGGCCGGGCAGGACGAGCAGGACGUUCCUCUGCUGUCGGCUCUGCUGCAACUCAAACAGCUGCAGCAGGCCAGCAGCUGGCACUGCCCGCUGCCUCUGGUCAUUCUGGUGCCAGGGCCCGACGGUGGUGCCGGUGUUACACAGAAACUUGAAGAAGCCCUGAUGCUGCACACUCUGGUGAAGGAAGGCCUGAUAUCAGAGUACACAUUCCUCUUCAUACCAGAGACCACAAGUGACCUCCAGGGAUCCAAACAGCUGAGUCAGGCUCUGCGUUGGCUGCUGGCUCGCGGUCCACCACCCUUCCCCCUCUCCUGUCAGACUCUAGUGCAGCUCAUGGAGGCCGCUUUGAGUCGUGAGUUCAGUCCCAGAGUUUACGCUCACCGCCAGGAGCGGGCCGCUGCAGGUCUUCCUCCUGAGGAACCUGCGCCUGUCAUCCAGCUGUACAAUGCUGUCCUCGCUCACGUUGCUGACAAAGUGACAUCUCCGGAGCUCAGCAGAUUCUCGUGGCCACCAGGCGAGUUCUACCUGCCUGAUACUCGGGACUUUGUCCCUCAUCAGGGCUGGAACUCGGUUCAGCACCUUGCCUGGCUGCGCAAAGCGAUCCUCAGCCUGCAGCUGCCACAGUGGGAGCCUUCUAACACAGACUCCUGGAAAGAACUUUACUCCUCCAUCUUUGGCUACGCCGCUCAGAUCCCCGUCUCACACCGCAGUCAGCCUCUCCUGAUGUCACGGCUGGAAAACCUGCUGCAAAGGGUCCGAUUAAAGACUCAGCGCUCCCGAGUCCCUGGAUCCAAGGUAACCAUGAGCGCCUUGGGCGACGAGGAUGACGGCAUGAGUCCGGCCUUCAGUCGAAUUCCUUGGGACGAUGUGCUGGUGAUUUGCAUCGACCACAAGCUGAAGGACUGGCAGAUCCCUGAGCCACCUGUCUGUGAAGAUGCUGUGACAGAAGACGGGGAGAUCCUGGUUUACUUCCCAACAGAGUCGUUGAAGGGUUUUGAGCCACCUGAGAAGUGGACCCGCGCCAUCAGGCAAACCCACAGAGAGAAGCAGCAGGAGAAGGAAGGGGCGAGUGCAGCUGCCUGUGCCACGCCCACCGGUCUGUCCCUGAGACAGAAGUUGUUCCACAGUCUGCUGGAGCCGCUCGAGGCCCCGACAGCCCCGCUGGACAUCACACACACUCCUACAGCUCAAGAGCUACUGGCCCACAGAGUCCUCCAGGACUUAGAGGAGGAGAAGGCUGAGAGCAAAAGGAGCAUGGAGCAGCUCAAGCGUUGGCUGGACGGUGACCCUGUGGAUCACCUGUCCACACCGCUCUUCAUUCCAUCCUCCACUCUGUUGUCCAUGCCCACAACAGUCGCUCAUGCACCCACAGCCAAGACGAGGGAUGCAGCUCUCACUCAGGAGACGGAGCCUGAUGAUCUGUCGGACAGAGCAGAGUGGCCUCGAGCCGGGCCUGUAUCUAUGGCAUGGAGACUGAAGGAGCUGGAGCGACAGAUUUUGGCGAGUCAAGAGGAAGAACUGGCCUGCAGGCUGAAGCUGAGUGGUCUGCUGAGCAUCGUGGAUGACUGAUGAACUAAUGGAAGAAAAACCUUUUAACAGCCGACUCUAAAAACUGAGAACAAACCAUGACUUUCUCUUCUUUUAGUUUGUUGAAGUCAAAUUCACUGAUGGCGUGUGUGUGAUAAAUAAAGUGUCUAAAAUUGGUGUUUGUUUUUGCACAAACCUGAUGAGAUGGUGAGUUUUCAGUGUGUUAAAAUCUCUAGAAAAGCUGCUUGUCCUGUUUACCUUUAACACAUUGAAUUACUUGGAUUGUAUUUGUUUCAUCAGACACUAUCUAUGGAAUAAUUCCUGUGUUGUCUGAACCUAUUUUUGUACUGUUGUGAGAUUGUAUAUUAACUAAAUUUUGAAUAAAUUUUACAUUUUCUAUGUAAA